UCGUAAAAGAAGAAGAAGAAGCAGCAGAAGAAGAAUGAAGAGGCGGAAUGACAGUGUUUAACGUUAGUUAAAAUUCUGACCGCUGGAAUUAAACUGAUGUAAUAUAAGGAGACUGCCUGUUAAAACAGUAUUCCCUUGACCCAAAAGAAAAGACACUCCUGGUGAACGUGAGAAGAUGGUUUUGAAAGAAAUUCCCACAGAAAACAUAACUCGCCCUUUGGGCCGGAAUGAGGUUAUAGGUUUACUCUUCCGUCUCACAAUAUUUGGCGCUGUCACCUAUUUUACAAUAAAGUGGAUGGUUGAUGCUAUCGAUCCAACAAGAAAACAAAAGGUCGAGGCACAAAAACAGGCAGAGAAACUCAUGCGGCAGAUUGGAGUGCAGAAUGUGAAGCUUUCUGAAUACGAGAUGAGCAUUGCAGCUCAUCUUGUGGAUCCGUUGACGAUGCAGAUUACAUGGCAUGACAUUGCUGGUCUGGAUGAAGUCAUUACUGAACUGAAAGACACCGUUAUACUUCCAAUCCAGAAAAGGCAUCUGUUUGAAGGAUCCAGACUUCUUCAGCCACCAAAAGGUGUGUUGCUGUAUGGGCCUCCAGGCUGUGGGAAAACUCUCAUAGCCAAAGCUACUGCCAAAGAGGCUGGUUUUCGCUUUAUCAACCUGCAGCCAUCCACUCUCACAGACAAAUGGUACGGAGAGUCCCAGAAACUGGCUGCAGCAGUGUUUUCACUGGCCAUCAAGCUACAGCCCUCCAUUAUUUUCAUCGAUGAGAUUGAUUCCUUUUUAAGGAAUCGCUCAAGUUCAGAUCAUGAAGCCACCGCUAUGAUGAAGGCUCAGUUCAUGAGCUUAUGGGACGGGCUCGAUACUGACUACAACUGCCAGGUCAUAAUAAUGGGAGCCACCAAUCGGCCACAAGAUCUCGAUUCUGCUAUUCUCCGAAGGAUGCCUACAAGAUUCCACAUCAAUCAGCCUAAUGUCAGGCAGAGGAAGGACAUCCUGAAGCUGAUCUUGGAAAAUGAGAACGUGGAGUCUGCGGUGGAAUUAAGUGAAAUUGCAAAGCAAACUGAUGGGUUUUCUGGAAGUGACCUCAGAGAGAUGUGCCGAGAUGCUGCUCUUCUGUGUGUGCGUGACUUCGUUCACCAAGAAAGUCCAGAGGAAGACUUCAUCCGUCCCAUCAGGCAGGAAGACUUGCAGAGGGCAAUCGAGAAAAUGAAGAAGUCCAAAUCUGCAGGAGUGCAUGAGGCGUUUAUGCAAGUACCACUGGACUAAACCUGAUGCUGCUGUUUUAAAAGAAAAUCAAUUUAGGAUUUGGCCUUUUUUCUUUCUUAUUUGUGGCAUAUCGUCAUGUUUUGCAAAAGGGGGAACUCAGGAUUUUUAAAAGGUGGAAUGGAGGCUUUUUUGUGAUUACCAUUUAUUGCACUGUAAUUUCCAUGCUCUAUUUUUGUCCAUCCAGUAAUGAACCUUAUUCACGAAAGAAGUGACUUUCCAAGUAAAGCGUGUAAAAACCAUUCCUAAGUAAAUUGUUCCAUGAAAUUUAGUGGGACGGUUUAUGAGAGAAUGAAGAGUUUACAAGAAAAAGGUCCAUUGUGUUUGUAAGUUCGGUUUGGGUUGUGUGGUUUUGUUUCUGUAAAACCCUAUGAAAAGUUUAUGAAGAUGUAUAACAACAGUGUCGUUAGAGAUGGCUCACCCAAAAUUGAAAACUGUCAUUAUUUACUCAUCCUUCACUUGUUCCAAACCUGUUUGAUUUUCUUUCUUAUGUUGAUCACAAAGGAAGACAAUCUGAAGAUUGUUGGGACAAAACGGCCAUUGACUUUCAUUGUAUUUUUGUUCCUACUGUGGAUGCCAAUGGCUGCUGCUUCAGAAUAUUUUAAGAAAAAAAUUCUAAAUGUUUUGAACCACUUGAAUGUGAGAAAAUGAUGGAAUUUUGGGGUAAACCAUCUUUUUAAAAUGUUUAAGUACAAGGCACCCAAUUUCUCCUGCAACAAUUAUUGAGCUAAUGUGUAACAACACAAUUUUAAUAUUCAACUGUUCUCCAGUAAAUGAGAUUGAAUGAGAUGUGUUUACAGAUUUAUUUGCCUUUCACAUUAAAUAAAAUGCUUUAAGGAUGCCUAUUUUGGUAAUAGGCUAACUUUACAAGUCCCCUAGAGAUAAACAGUUGGGAUUUUACCAGUUUUCAAUCCAUUCAGCUGAUCUGUGUCUGGCAGGAACAUUAUAGUUCAGCAACUUAGCUGCUGUACCUUGGCUGUAGCAGAUGCUACACUAUUAUGUAGUGUUAUUACCUAAUAAUCUAGCUGGGGACUUAUUGCAGGUGCUGCAUAAUAUCAUUGCUCCUACUUCAGCCAUUCUACGGCAGCAAUGUUGCUUGAUUAUUAUGCAGGAAUGAGAGUAUAGUUCCUAGCUCUAUAGCGAACCUACAAAAUAGCAACUUUUCAUUUUCUGUUGGUCUUAGUACAUGAUGUAACUACAGAAAAAAAAAUAAAAAAAUCAAGCUUUAAAUUUGGAAAAAUUUUUUUUUUUUUUUAAGUGAGAUGCUACUGGUCUAAUCUGAUUCAGUGAAUUAUGCUAAGCUAAAACAGGUUUUCUGCAGGUUUCAGCAAGUUAAAUUUAAGACUUUAAGACCAUUAUGAAUGUAAUUUUAGACUCAUACAGGGCUAAACGCUAAGGAGUUUCUGAAUGGCCCAGAUGGAUUUUUAUAUUUCCUAUCAAAAAAAAACUUAUUAUAAUUUAAUACAUUUAAUAAUACAAUAAUAAUUUAAUUUUAAAAAUGUAAAUUUUAGGUUGUUAGCGUUACUAUUUGAUAUGCCCUCACACUGCCCAUAUCAUGUGUUACCUGCAUUCCAUAUAUGGACAUAUGCAAAUAAAUGCAUUCCGAUUCUGCUGAAAACCGAAGUGAGAAGCGUGUUAUUUACCGUGUUAUCUAAGAUUAUUUACCGGUUAUGCACAAAAAUGACUGCACCAACAUAGAUAUUUCUUAGCAAAAUAUUUAAAAUAUUGUGUCAAAACAAGCAAGCUCUAGUUGUAAACAUUCACUUUUUUCAACUUUCUUUAAUAUAAAAAAAAAAAAAAAAAAUGAACAAAUGUUUUAAAGGUUUUGAAAUCUAAUAAAUUAGUCUUUCCAGGUCAAUGUCCUCAGCAGUAAAUACACAGAGAACUUUUAAACAAAUAAAAUAAGUGAACCAUUAUGGUAAAUACAGUUAAAAAAAUGUUAGUUAAUUUUUAAAUAAAAAGUUUAAAGUUUUAUUGAGAUGGAUUGUUGGUGAUUGUAUGGGUGUUAAUGGCCAGAUUGGGUAGCAGUACAUGAACAAAGGAAAAUUAAGACCUGUUUUAAAAAGAUUUAAGACCUACACAAUAUUUCAGUAAAUUUAAGACCCAGUGGACACCCUGUAAAAGUGCUCCCGCCAGACCUGGAGAUCACCUAAAUGGAUCAAAAAAAUAAUAAAAACAAAAAGGUAAAGCUGCGGUCACACUUUUCUGUUUGAGCUUUCAAAAUUCUGUCGUUCGGCGCUCCGAAAAGGGGCGGGAUUAUACAGGAUAAUUAGACAUUUAAAAAAAUAAGCAAUUGGUCCAUGUUUUAAAUUUCUGUCCAGAGAGGUCAUGUUUUGAUCCUCGAUUGGUCUCACGCAGUCAAGUGAUUGACACACGAGCUUGUGUUUUCCGGUCUGAUGCAUUCAUGUGCAUAUGAAUGGAAGUCUAUGGGGAGAAAAGACCAGUGUGAUCGCAGCUUAAACUGUUGAACUCUAGGUGACUUGUUAAUUGAGCCUAUUUACAAAAAAAAGUGAAGUGUUCGUUUAAGCAUAGCGGUUGUAUGAUGGCCUGUUGUAUAAAUAUUUAUUUGCAUUAUGUUAAAAAAUGCUUGAACUAAAGCAUGUGAGGGCCAGUGCCAAUCCGCUGAUGUUACAUGUACCCAUCUGUCAGGUGUUAUUUUUUAAAGUUCGAGUAGGGGAUAUGAAUAAUGAAAAAGUAUUCUUCUGAAACUUGCCUAUGGAGGGAAACCUCAUUUAAGAUGGCCACGAAUGCAACUGUUUUUCAUUCAAGAGUCUUCCCAAUUCACAACAGCCCACUGCUCACGUCAGUUUAACCAUCUUUAGGCUUCCGAAUACAUUUAAGAUGUUUCGUUUACUCUGCACAAGAAUUAAUGACCAUGGUUUUGUCUCAAGUUUAUUGGAAUGGCUACCCGAUGCAUAUUACAUCCAAUGUUGUAGAAAAUGGCGUAAAUCUUAAGUUUGUACAAAAGUCAGAAUGAAGUAAAUGCAUUUCAUGUAAUAUAAUAAAUAUGUUUAGGUUGUUCCGUUUAAAAAUGGCAAGACAAUAAAUAUGCUCUUGUUCCUUCA